AUUAUAAAUUUAAAUAAUUAUAAUAUUCUGUUACAUAUUCUGCCAUUGUGUUGUCUACGAUAUUACCAAACAGGUUAGUCAAAUGGCUUAACCACACACAAAAAAAACUGGUUAGUCAAAUGUAUUAACUCUGUGACAACUAUAGUACCAAACAGGUUAGUCAAAUGGCUUAACCAAAAAAAAAAAAACAGGUUAGUCAAAUGUAUUAACACUGUUUAGACUCUAGAUGCAAUGUAUUUUAACUUUAACCGGUUGUAAGAUUAAAUAAAAUGUCACGUGAGUGACGUGAUGCUCCCUGCUAUUAACAUCUCGCUAAUUCGAAAACCCUAAGCCAGUUCUCUCUACUUUCGAGAGCUUUUUCGCACAACCCAGAUCUCAAUUUUCCAUUCAGGAAAAAAAAUGAGCAGCCGUUCGAGUAGAACCAUUUACGUCGGGAACCUUCCCGGCGAUAUCCGCGAGAGAGAAGUUGAAGAUUUGUUCAGUAAGUAUGGACCUGUUGCUCAAAUUGAUUUGAAGAUUCCACCAAGGCCUCCAGGCUAUGCAUUCGUUGAGUUUGAGGAUCCUCGGGAUGCUGAAGAUGCAAUUCAUGGUCGUGAUGGAUAUGAUUUUGAUGGGCACCGUUUACGGGUGGAACUAGCUCAUGGUGGGAGGCGUUCAUCAAAUGAUGCUCGUAGUAGUUACGGUGGUGGUGGUGGCCGUGGCGGUCGUGAUGACGGUGGUGGUCGUGGGCGUGGACCAUCCAGGAGAUCCGAGUAUCGCGUUGUAGUCUCAGGUUUACCUUCAUCUGCUUCGUGGCAAGACCUCAAGGAUCACAUGCGUAAAGGAGGAGAAGUCUGUUUCUCUCAAGUGUUCCGUGAUGGUAGAGGUACUACUGGAAUCGUAGAUUAUACCAGCUAUGAGGAUAUGAAGUAUGCGGUAAAAAAGCUCGACGACACAGAGUUUCGGAAUGCGUUUUCUCGUGGAUAUGUCCGGGUUAAGAAGGAAGCAAGCAAGAGCCCUAGCAAGCUGAGUCCAGCCAAGAGCCCUAUGCGUAGCAGGAGCAAGAGCAGAAGCAGGAGUCCAUCUCGGUAAUAAUUAAAUCUCAUAUCAGGUAAAAAAGCUGGGUUUUGUUGGAAGAUUCUCCUAAAGAUCAUAUCGAUAUUAUGUUGUUUCUGUGACUAGAACCAGAACAAGUUGUAUUUUCUGGGUACUUUCAAAGAUCUCUUUACUUUUGUUUUUUUAAUAUAUUCACCGCAACAUUAUGUGUUCAAGAUUCUCUAAAAAGAUAUCGUUUCUAUUGCCUUGUGGUGCUC